AUGGCACCGAGCGCACUGGUCCCCGGAUCUGGCCUCAGCGCCACUCCGAUUCCAUCUUCAGGCCCCGCGUGGCACGUGCUCAGGAGAGCCAGCUCUUCGUCGUCCUCGUCCAACUCAACCGCUGACGGAGCAGGCUACCAGGUACUGCGCAUCUCGCCAAUGAUGAACGAGCGCGGCGAUUUCAAUGGCACCUGCACCAAGGAAGAGGUCAUGACGAUCACACCAGAGACGCCAGAUGGCUCCUGCUCGUCGUACUUUGCCGACGUUACCGACUACUGCUGCGCCGCAGUGGGAGGCAUCUACAAUGCAACGUUCCAAGCAGUCGGCCUGCCAGAUGCACAGGCAAUGGCGCUCGACCAUCCCAUCUGCGCCACGUCCAACUACGCAGACAAGUCGCACUGCUCUUCCACCACUCCAGUACCGUAUGGCGUCUGCAACAGGAACGGUCCAGACACCAGCCGGACUGUCCAGCAAGCAACCUCGUCAGCAGCUACGAGUCACCCUGGAACUGCUUGGCGCUGGGCGGCUGUGGUGACCGCCACCUUGGCCUGCGCUGCGAUUCAAAGCAUGGUGAGUCUCAUGUGGUGUCCAUCCAUGCUCGCCGAGAUCCUCGCUGACAGUCUGAUCCACCCGCCUCUCGUCCUCCCUUUCGCCCUCUAUUCCAGGCCUAGCUCGCACGAGUCAUUUCGGCAGACUAUGACCUCGGUCAUGAUACCCCGCCGACUCGACACCCGACCGCGUGGAACGAAAUGGACCAUUAACCUGUAA